AUGAACAUCAGCACUGUCAGGCUCUUCUCAGAACGGAGGGAACGGGAGUGCUCCGCAGAGGAAGAGGGACAAACGCGGUUGUGCGAGACUGCUGCGCACAGCCGGUUUGAGGCCUCCCUCGUAUCUCGUUGGGUUCCCAUUGAAACUUCGCCCCCACACCACGCCCCGCACCACCCCACCCCCGCUUUCUCGUGCCCCUUUCCACUUUCCAUUCAGGCCCCAGCUGGAGGCCUGGAGGGGGAGAAGGGGCCACUGCCGUUUGCUCGGGCGGUGUGUGCAGUGAGGGCGGGGCACCGGUGGAAGGGGCCGCGCUUUGAUCUUGCGCCUCAGAGCCGUCUUUUCAUCCCGGAACCUUGUAGCCACGCCGGAGCUGGAAACCCAACACUGGAAAGGAUGGCCGCUGAGCAGUUUGCCGGCAGCGCCCGGGGGCGCGGGUUGCAGGAGCGUGCCCCCGCACCCCCCGCGGCCCCCACCGCCCUGUGCCCCUCGCCGUGCCAGUGCGAGGAGGACGGCAUCCUGCUGCUUGUGGAUUGCUCGGAGCUCGGACUGUCGGCGGUGCCCAGCAACCUGAGUCCCCUCACCUCAUACCUGGACCUCAGCAUGAACAACAUCAGCGAGCUCCAGCCCAGUGCCUUUCACAACCUUCACUUCCUGGGAGAGCUGCGGCUAUCUGGCAACCACCUGCGAGACAUCCCUGGGCAGGUCUUCACAGGCCUCUACAACCUCAAAGUCCUGAUGCUGCAGAACAACCAGAUUGAGCGCUUGCCUAGUGAGGCCCCGUGGGACUUGCCAAACCUGCUCUCGCUACGCCUGGACGCCAACCUGAUAUCCGAGGUCCCCGAGCAGACAUUCUCGGGCCUGCACUCGUUGAGGCACCUGUGGCUGGACGACAAUGCCCUGACGGAGAUCCCUGUGCAUGCCCUCAACAACCUGCCCGCCCUGCAGGCCAUGACCCUGGCCCUCAACCGCAUCAGGCACAUCCCCGACGCCGCCUUCCGCAACCUCUCAAGCCUGGUGGUGCUCCAUCUUCAUAACAACAUGAUCCAGACGCUGGGGCAGAACUGCUUUGAGGGACUGCAGAGUUUAGAGACCCUAGAUCUGAACUACAACGACCUACAGGAGUUCCCAGUGGCCAUCAGGACACUCGCCAAACUUCAAGAGCUGGGGUUCCACAACAACAACAUCAAGGCCAUCCCCGAGCGGGCGUUCGUGGGGAACCCUCUGCUGCAGACCAUUCACUUCUAUGAGAAUCCGAUCCAGUUUGUGGGUAAAUCUGCCUUCCAGUUCUUACCCAAGCUGCAUACACUGUCCCUGAAUGGAGCGACAGAAAUAAGAGAGUUCCCUGAUCUCAAAGGGACCACCAGUCUGGAAAUUUUGACCCUGACGAGGGCGGGGCUUACCUCCCUGCCCCGGAGUCUGUGCCAGCAGCUUCCCAGCCUGAGAGUGCUUGAACUUUCUCACAACCAGAUAGAGGAGCUACCCAGCUUCUACCACUGCCAGCGCCUUCAGGAAAUAGGCCUGCAGCACAACCUGAUCCGGGAGAUUGAAGCCAGCACGUUCCAGCAGCUCGGCUCCCUGCGUUCCCUAGACCUGAGUUCAAACCGCAUUGAAAUCAUUCACCAUGAUGCAUUUGCUUCUCUGCACUCCCUGGUCAAACUGGACCUUACGGACAACCUGCUGCACACUCUGCCUCUGGAGGGCCUCAGCGGCCUGACCCACCUCAAACUCAAAGGCAACAUGGCGCUGUCUGGGUCCUUCUCAAAGGAGGACUUCCCCAAGAUGAGGGUGAUAGAGAUGCCAUACGCCUACCAGUGCUGCGUGUAUGGGGCCUGUAACAACAAAGCGGCCGGCCAAUGGGAUGCGGAGCACGCAGGGAACGAGGAGGAAGACCUACAUAAGAGGAACAUCGCCCUGUUCCCCAUCCACACCGACACUAAUUAUGACCUGGACAUGGAGGAGUUCCAGUUGGAGGCCGAAGAUUCCAAACUACAAACAAGUAUCCUAUGUUCACCAACCCCAGGUCCUUUCAAACCAUGUGACUACAUGUUCGACAGCUGGGUGGUACGCCUGGGCGUGUGGGCCAUCGUUCUGGUCUCCCUUGUGGGCAACAGCUUGCUGAUAAUCACCGUCUUCACCUCGCCCAGCUACCUGUCCCCGGUCAAGUUUGUCAUUGGCUCCAUCGGUGGGGCCAACCUCCUAACGGGCCUCUGCACGGGCACUUUGGCUCUGGUCGACGCCCUGACAUUUGGGGAGUUCUCCCAGCAUGGCGCUCGCUGGGAGACGGGUCCGGGCUGCCAGGCGACCGGGUUCCUCUCCGUCUUCGCCUCAGAGGCGUCCAUCCUCUUCCUCACUCUGGCAGCGGUGCAGUGCAGCAUCUCGGUGUCCUGCGUCCGAGCCUACGGCAAGUCCCCUUCCUUUAGCAGCGUGAAGGCAGCGGCCCUCUGCUGCGUGGCCCUCUCUCUGGCGGUGGGCGCUCUGCCUCUUUUUGGAGUUGGCGAGUACGGCUCCUCGCCCCUCUGCCUCCCUUCUCCCUUGCCGGAAGGGCAGCCCUCGACCCUGGGCUUCAUGGUGGCCCUCAUCAUGAUGAACACCCUCUGCUUCCUGGUGAUUACCGGCACGUACAUCAAGCUGUACUGGGACCUGAUGAAGGGGGAGUUUGACAGCAUCUGGGACUGCGCCAUGAUCAAGCAUGUGGCCUGGCUCAUUUUCACCAACUGCCUGCUCUACUGCCCCGUGGCCUUCCUCACCUUCUCCUCCCUGCUCAGCCUCUUCCCCAUCGGCGAGGAAGUCAUCAAGUCGGUCCUGCUGGUCUUGCUGCCCCUCCCGGCCAGCCUCAACCCCUUGCUCUACCUCCUCUUCAACCCCCACUUCAAGGAAGACCUCCGCCUGCUCUGGAGGAAGUCCCGGUCCGCCCAGGAGGAAACCCUCGACUCCUUCGUCUCGGAGGAGACCGAGAAGAGCUCCUACGACUCCACGCAGGCGCUGGUGUCCUUCUCCGACAUGGACAUGCUCUUCGAGAGCACGGCCCUGCCCAGGCUGGAGCCUCUCCGUUACUCCACCUCCCCCUCUGUCCCUCUCAUCCCCUGCCAGCAGCAAGCCUCCCCCAGGAAAGAAAGCAUGCUAGCGUGUAGCCCUAGCACCUGUCUCAAGGACGAAGAACUUUUGAAAAGCAAUGACCAGAACAGAAGCAGCAGCCCCUUCCCCUCUGUAGGCUACCUUUCAUCUUCCCUCUCAUCUCAUUUAUAAAUGACUGCUUGCCUCAGAUCCAGAACAAAAAAAACAGCCAAUGGCAACGGGGAACACUCCAGGGAACGCUACAAAACUGGGCUUCAGCCUCAAGAUAGCGGAAAUAAUGGAACACAUCUCAGACUGUGGAACGAUAUUUAAUAGACCUGGGAUGAUCCCUGCAGCAUUUUGCAGUGUAUUUUCAAAUGACAGGCAUUGUAGGAAAAAUACAUUAUCCAAGAGAAACAAACACUUUUGUACUAAAGGAUGACAAUCUUGGAUUUCAAUGUUUUAUGUAUAUAAAUUAGAUGUUUUUAUACAGAGACCAUGUCAUUAUAUGCUUUUGUAAAGAUUAUAGAAGUACAUGUAUAGGCUUACUUUAAUGACAACAAACAAAACUGGGAGAUAUGUUCUUCGCAAAGGCUGAUAUACAUAUCAGGAAAGGCUUCAUUUCCACAUUAAAUUUCUUCUAAAUUAGUUGUCUCCCAAUAUAAAUAUCUGUUUUCCAUUGAGAUUACAGCCAUCCACCCAUUGCUACAAAGACUGUGCUUACAUACAGUGAUUUAUUUGUGAAUUUUAUUUAUUUUGUUCCAUUAAAUUUCUGUACCUGGUGAAACAAUAUUAUUCAAUAUAUUCCCAUAACAGGCCAUAUAUACUUUUGACAAAGCAUAAACAUGUGAGAAGUAACUCUUCUGCUGGAUCUUAAUCAGAACAUAGGGUUCCACCGAGAAACAACAUAGUUGUGCAGCAAAUCACAUAAAAUACCAUAACAUUUCUAGCACUAUGAAAAUAGUCACCCCAUGGCCACCUGCAUUUUUGUGUAAUUCUGAACCCAGUGGCGCUGACAAUGUCUUGAAAAGGAAGGUGGAAUAACAUUGACAAGAACAAAGUCUUUCUGCAUUGUAAUAUUCACAUAUUAGGCUAAGAUAUUUUCCUUUACUCUUUUAAAAUAAUACUACUUUUAAUUUCUACUUUUAUUUGCGCAAUGAUAACCCAACAAUUUCCAAGAAUUUCAUUACUACAAAUCAAUCAGAAUUAUUGAUUAGAUCAGAUCACAACUACACCUACUCAUCUGAUGGACAUACAAGACAUAUACAAUACAAAGCAUACAAGCCUUGUGAAAAAAAAUCAAUUCUACAGCACCAAAAAUGUUAUGUAUGUAGCUUAGAAAUGGGACAUUUUUCUUUGUUUUUCAGUUUUGUAAAGUAGGCUAGGUGUUGUAUAUACAGUGUAACUACCUCUUAAGUAGCAUGCUAUUAUC